UAGCCUCCCCGUUAAUUCCUAGUUACAUGAAAUAUUGAUCGCUGAACUGGAAGACCUGCUCGCGCGACGGAUUGCAAUCUGCAAUUGCUCCAAGGGUUUUGAAUAUUCUCUUAAAGAUAUAUUUAAAAAUUUUCAGACCAUUCUCCGUACGAAUGUGAGGCGAACUUAAACGAAUUUUUAAGAUUGUGAUGAACGACGAAUGCUGUGACAUAGGAUUUACUCAUCACAUUGCUUUAUAGUUCAGACUUUUAGCUGAGUUCUUAGUUCCUGGCAAAGUGACAGAUCAUGAAACGAGCUUUGGACGAAGCAGGGGCAUUAUCAGUUCCCAAGAAGCCUGUGUUUUUAACAAAAUCUCACAGAGAGCAGCUUGCAUUGCAACGUCGUGAAGAGGAAGCUUCCGAACAACGAAAAAGGUUGGAGGAGCAACGAAAACGUUUUUCAUUGUCUACAGAAAGGCCUUCUGACCAAGGAGAUAGACAUCGCCAUCACGAGAAAGAUCGCGAACAUGAAAGAGAACGUGAUCGAGAGUUGGAGAAGGAGCGCAGGGAUCGUGACAGGGAAAGGGAAGAGGAAGCGAAAAUUAGAGAGAAAGGACGCCUUGAGAAGCAAAGUGAAAGAGAGAAAGAGAAGGAACUAGAAGCUAUUAAAGAACAGUAUCUGGGAACAAAGAAGCCUAAGAAACGCGUCAUCAAGCCAAGCGAGAAGUUUCGAUUUUCAUUUGACUGGGAAAAUACUGAGGACACUUCAAGGGAUAUGAAUUUUUUAUACCAAAAUCCUCAUGAAGCACAGUUGCUGUUUGGUCGAGGGUUCCGAGCUGGGAUGGAUCGCAGGGAACAAAAGAAGCUUGCAGCAAAGAAUGAGAAAGACCUUAGGGCACAAAUACGGAGUAAAGAGGGGGUAGAGGAGAAGCCAGAAGAGGCAGCAGCGCAAAGACAAAAGGAAGAAGCUGCAAAUGUUUAUGAUACCUUUGAUAUGCGUGUGGAUCGCCAUUGGUCAGAAAAGAAGCUUGAAGAAAUGGCAGAGAGAGAUUGGCGAAUUUUCCGAGAAGAUUUUAACAUUUCAUACAAGGGUUCCCGAAUUCCACGACCCAUGCGCAAUUGGGAAGAAGGAAGUCUUACGUCAGAACUAUUGAAAGCUGUGUCUAAAGCUGGUUACAAAAAGCCAUCUCCCAUUCAAAUGGCUGCCAUUCCUCUUGGCCUUCAGCAGAGGGACGUUAUUGGUAUUGCAGAAACAGGAUCGGGAAAGACUGCUGCAUUUGUAUUGCCCAUGUUGACAUAUAUAUCAAGGCUCCCUCCUAUGACGGAGGAAAUUGAAGCUGAGGGACCUUAUGCAGUUGUUAUGGCCCCAACAAGAGAACUUGCACAACAAAUAGAAGAGGAGACUAUUAAAUUUGCCCAUUAUCUGGAUAUUCGAGUGGUUUCAAUUGUUGGAGGUCAAUCCAUUGAAGAACAAGGUUUCAAGCUGCGUCAGGGAUGUGAGAUUGUAAUAGCAACUCCUGGACGCUUGCUGGACUGCCUAGAAAGAAGAUAUGCUGUUCUUAAUCAGUGCAACUAUGUUGUUUUGGAUGAAGCAGAUCGCAUGAUUGAUAUGGGCUUUGAACCUCAGGUUGUUGGAGUUUUGGAUGCAAUGCCUUCAAGUAAUUUGAAGCCUGAGAAUGAGGAUGAGGUGCUGGAUGAGAAGAGGAUAUAUAGGACAACAUACAUGUUCAGUGCAACAAUGCCAUCUGCUGUUGAACGCUUAGCUCGGAAAUAUCUCCGAAAUCCCGUUGUGGUCACCAUAGGUACUGCCGGCAAAGCAACUGAACUGAUAGCUCAACAUGUGAUAAUGUUGAAGGAAACUGAGAAGAUGGGGAGACUUCAGAGGUUGUUAAAUGACUUGGGAGAUAAAACAGCGAUCGUAUUUGUCAACACAAAGAAAACUGCAGAUUCUUUAUCAAGGCAAUUGGAUAAAUCAGGUUAUAGAGUGACCACACUUCAUGGAGGGAAGACACAGGAACAACGUGAGAUAAGCUUGGAAGGUUUUCGUAAUAAACGCUUCAAUGUUCUUGUCGCAACAGAUGUGGCUGGUCGCGGCAUUGAUAUUCCAGAUGUUGCACAUGUGAUCAAUUUUGACAUGCCAUCAAACAUUGAAAUGUACACCCACCGUAUUGGGCGUACUGGACGUGCUGGCAAGACAGGGGUGGCAACUACAUUCCUGACACACUAUGACAGUGAUGUGUUCUACGAUUUAAAACAGAUGCUCAUUCAAAGCAACAGCCCAGUGCCUCCAGAAUUAGCACGGCACGAGGCCUCAAAAUUCAAACCAGGUACAAUACCUGACAGACCGCCCAGAAGGAAUGACACAGUCUUCACACACUGAAUACCAGAUUGAUUGCGAAUGUGAUGAUCUGUAGUCGGUCUUGGUUGGUGGUUAAGGAGAUUGAGUAGCGAACUAAGUUACCGGUAAGGGAGGAUACAAUGUUAACCGGUACAGACAGUGCUAGAACCAGAACUCAUCCAACAUAGCAUAUGCAUUUUUUGAGUUCAGAUUUUUGUUUGUAACUCCAUAUUUGGUGUUUGUAGUAAGUGAGGCUCCUUUUGUGAUGAGCAUUGUGCUCUAGGUUGUUGGCCUUUCUGCAUGUGUAGGCCCCUCAUGUAAUAUGUAUUCAUUUGGCCAGUGGGUAGAUAUUGUGGGUCACCAAUCCCACCGCAAUUUUUCCUCUUUGAGGUUUUCCACGUAAUAAAUCUUUGUGUUAUGGUGUU